UCGGCCAUUUCCAGCGCGCGUCUGCAGCUCGAGCCGAACGGUUUGCGGCGGUGUGGCCUCGCGCUGGGGGGGGUGGGAGGGGGAAGUGGAGGAAGAGGAAGAGGAAGAGGAAGAUGAAGGAAGAUGUCUGAGAGCCAAGCCGAGGCGGGAAACGAGAUGCCGUCGAAAAAGCAGAAACUGAGCAGCGACGAGAACAGCAACCCCGAUCUUUCGGGGGAUGAAAACGACGAUGCCAUCAGUAUAGAGAGUGGGACCAACACCGAGCGCCCAGACACCCCCACCAACACGCCCAACGCCCCCGGCAGGAAGAGCUGGGGCAAGGGCAAGUGGAAAUCCAAGAAGUGUAAAUACUCCUUCAAGUGCGUCAACAGCCUCAAGGAGGACCAUGGGCAGCCUCUGUUUGGGGUGCAGUUUAACUGGCACAGUAAGGAGGGAGACCCCCUGGUCUUCGCUACAGUGGGAAGCAACAGGGUAACUCUGUAUGAAUGCCAUUCCCAAGGAGAGAUCCGCCUGCUUCAGUCCUACGUGGAUGCUGAUGCUGAUGAGAAUUUCUACACGUGCGCCUGGACGUUCGACAGCAGCACGAGUCACCCCCUUCUUGCGGUGGCGGGGUCAAGGGGCAUCAUCCGCGUCAUCAAUCACAUCACCAUGCAGUGCAUCAAGCACUACGUGGGACACGGGAAUGCAAUCAAUGAGCUGAAAUUUCACCCUCGAGACCCGAACCUCCUGUUGUCCGUCAGUAAAGAUCACGCUCUCAGGCUGUGGAACAUCCAGACAGAUACCCUGGUUGCCAUAUUUGGGGGAGUUGAGGGUCACCGCGAUGAAGUCCUCAGUGCGGAUUUUGAUCUCUUGGGGGAGAAGAUCAUGUCAUGCGGUAUGGACCACUCUCUCAAGCUGUGGAGGAUUAACUCGGAGAGGAUGCAGAAAGCCAUUCGGGGCUCUUAUGAAUACAACCCCAGCAAAACCAACAGGCCUUUUGUCUCCCAGAAGAUCCAUUUCCCCGAUUUCUCCACACGAGACAUUCAUAGGAAUUACGUUGACUGUGUACGAUGGCUGGGAGACCUAAUACUGUCUAAGUCAUGUGAAAAUGCCAUCGUGUGCUGGAAGCCAGGAAAGAUGGAAGAUGACAUUGACAGGAUCAGAGCUAACGAAUCCAAUGUCACCAUUCUGGGGCGCUUUGACUACAGCCAGUGUGACAUCUGGUACAUGCGUUUCUCUAUGGACUUUUGGCAGAAGAUGCUGGCUUUGGGCAAUCAGGUUGGGAAACUCUAUGUGUGGGACCUGGAAGUGGAAGACCCUCAUAAAGCAAAAUGCACCACCCUGACGCACCCGAAGUGCAACGCUGCUAUCCGCCAGACCAGCUUCAGCCGCGACAGCAGCAUCCUGAUCGCGGUGUGCGACGACGCCUCCAUCUGGCGCUGGGAUCGCUUGCGCUGAUCGGCUUGCCCAGUCGCGUGCCCACGCCGACCUGCUGCCCUUCAGUAGUGUUGGCUUGUGAAGGUUUCGGUGGGCAGCUGCCCUCCUAUCCCAGGCCUCUGAGGUCUUUUUAACUCCCUUGUCCUUUUCAUUUCUUGUGUUUCUUGUUCCUUGUUGCCUUUAAUAAAUUUUUAUUUUUCUAA